CCCUCGCUCACACUUGAUAUAGAGCUGAAAGGAGCAGAAGAAGCAGGGUGGCAAUAGAGGAGGCAGAAGCCGGAUAAAAAGGAGUGCACAGUUUUGGCAGGGGGAAUAGUUGUGAGAUGCCUCGAAGGGACAGCUACUCCCGCAAAGACCUGAAGGUGUUGAGCUUCAGUUGAGGAUGGCGGGAGAUUCCAGAAUCCUCAUGGACCACAACAUGGAGAUAGGUGUCACACCUGCACAGGUGAAGAAGCUUCCUAAACACUUACGGGAGGCACAGAUCUCGACAGAGCGAACACACUUGAUAUAUGACCCCGCCAAGAAGCCACGUCAGCGAUACGUGCAAAAGGACGGCAAAUGUAAUGUUCAUCAUGGAAACGUGCAAGAGACCUACCGUUACCUCAGUGACUUGUUCACAACACUAGUCGACCUCCGCUGGCGUCUUAGUCUCUUUAUUUUUACGCUAGUUUAUGUCGUCAACUGGCUUUUCUUUGGCUUUCUGUGGUGGCUGAUUGCGCUCAUCCGUGGGGAUCUGUUGCAUGCAGAUGAAGAGGGCUGGACCCCCUGCGUGGAGAACCUCAACAGUUUUGUCUCGGCCUUCCUCUUCUCCAUUGAAACGGAGACCACCAUUGGGUACGGCUAUCGUGUUAUUACGGAAAAAUGCCCGGAAGGUAUCAUACUGCUUUUGGUGCAGGCCAUACUCGGUUCCAUUGUGAAUGCCAUGAUGGUCGGGUGCAUGUUUGUCAAGAUCUCACAACCAAAGAACCGCGCCGAGACCCUCAUGUUCUCGCAAAAUGCUGUCAUAUCGGUGCGAGACAACAAGAUGUGCCUGAUGUUUCGGGUGGGGGAUCUGAGGAAUUCUCACAUUGUGGAAGCCUCGAUCCGAGCAAAGCUUAUCCGCUCUCAGCAGACCAAGGAAGGGGAGUUCAUCCCGCUCAACCAAACUGACAUAAACAUCGGCUUUGACACGGGAGACGAUCGCCUGUUCCUGGUGUCGCCGCUUAUCAUCUCACAUGAAAUCAAUGAAAAGAGUCCCUUCUGGGAGAUGUCCAUGGCACAAAUGGAGAAGGAAGAAUUCGAGAUCGUGGUCAUCCUAGAGGGCAUGGUGGAGGCCACAGGGAUGACGUGUCAAGCAAGGAGUUCCUAUCUGGACACAGAGGUACUUUGGGGCUACCGCUUUACACCUGUUCUUUCCCUGGAGAAGGGCUUCUAUGAGGUCGACUACAACAACUUCCACGACGUCUACGAGACCAACACCCCUGCUUGUAGCGCCAAGCAAAUGGCAGCGAAGCUUCGGGACGGGCCGCUAUUGCCUCAGUUGUCACUGCUGAGCCCGGAACCAAAAAUACAUACAUUUGGCGUGUCUGACUUGGAUCCUCUAAGCCAGGAUGAGGACAAGGAGGAGAGAGAAUCAGGAUGUGACAAAGGAGAGACUAAUGGCUCAGCAGCCGCUUUGGAGGAUACGCCCUUUGCUGAUGGACUCCCUGACUGAUUCGCCACGAGACAAAAACUUGACCGAGAGGACAGAAGAGUAUUAUAAUUAUUUUUGUCAAUGCCCAGCUUAUUUCAUUGGCAAGGUAUGGAGAAACAAAACACUGUCCUCCAGCCUCUGAAACAUGCAAUACUCCUCUACAGGACUAGAGUGUCGAUCUAUAGUAUAGAUUGUUUUUUUUAGACAAGUACUGACACACAUACAGCGUCUAUAGCUUCACUUCAAAGUUGGUGGUACGAUUGUCUUUUUAUAAUCCUAUAAUCAUAUACACUUACCGCUAAUGCAACUUACAGCGGGGUACACACAAAGACAACAAAGGAAGACAAUAUAGCAAUUGUAUUGUUCUUAUUGUCUGUGGUGUACUUAUAACACAGCACAUCACACACUUAAUCUGUCCUCUGACAAUCAGAGUCUUGUCCUCCAAACCAGAAGUCUCGCUUGAGCAAACGUGACUUUACAUAGUACCCGGACUGACCUGUGAGAGGCAGAAAUCUAUAGCAGAGCAUCCAGACGGCCGGAAAAAAAAAAAAGAAAAAAGCAGCAGCAGCGAGACCUCUAAGAAUUUCUUGCCAUGACUUCUCUGUUGACAUUUCUUUUGUGGUAAGAGUUGGAUAACACUCAACUCAAUGAGUUGAUCCUUCAAUUCUGAAGUCCUCUCACUGUGAACUUUGUCUGUUGCCACUCAUUUGUUUUCUUAUGCUUAUGGCAGCUCACUUCAUGAUUGCCUAUCAUUUCGUCACGCUUGACAGUUCCAGAGCCUGUGGCUGGGAUGUCCUAGUCCUUCACACCGCACAUUAUAUUUUUUCAUAAAUAGUGAACAUUUACUAUUGUCUUUAAUUGGGGAUGAUACAAUUAUUUUAAAGCCCCUCAAACAACAGAAUGAAAUGUCAGGAUAAUCAUCAGUCAUCAGAUAAUUGGGUGUUUUCUGAUUUAGGUUUCAAAAGGGAGAAUCAGGCUCGGACUCAGGAUUAUCUUUAUGUGUGUACCCUGCGUAAGUUGUCUAAGGAUUGUAUGAGAAACUUCUGCAGAAACCAGUAGUCCUGACAGAUUGUGCUGGCCUUUAUGGAUACAGCUAUGCUCUAAUUUGAAAGUGUAUUGAUUCAGACACAUGCUACUCCAUAAUGAUGGAAGAAAAUAGUUUCCCCCAUCUCUGUCCUGCAUCAGUAGGAUGGCAUAUGUAAGGCUAAUAGUUUGCUUAUAGGAAAAUACAAUAUAGGAAGUGAUCCAAAUACAUCCUGUACUCAACUAAUAUGCAGUUUUCUUUUCUGAAACCCAUUCUUUGUGUAUAUCGUCAUAUUCGUGACUAAUUGUCCCUCGCACACAGGGAGCUUAGCCCCAAAAGAAACCAGCUUGUACCUCAUUCUAUGCUCAUUUUCAGGGUAAUUAGGUGAAGCAGAAGCUGAUAAAAGAAGACUGUGUGACUGAUUGAUUGGUAGUAAGAUUCCAGUUUUUUUCCCCACCAGGGCUCUCCCUACAAUUGUUAAGUCUCAGUUGUAAAUACAAUACAAAUGGACGGUGGUCAGCAAGAAUUUGGGAAUGUACAAAAACAUGGCAGUAAGUGAAAGAAGCCAAGCCAAUUGAUUUAUGUGCGAAGACUAAGUGUUGUAGUCACGACCACAUACUGUAAACCAAGACACACGUCGCGACCAAAACUUUGAGGAGAUCAAACCAAAUCAACACCAAGGCCGAAACUGUUCAAAAUCGAGACUGGUUUAUAUUAAAUGUUUGCAAAAAUUAAAAAAAAAAAAAAAAAAAAAAAGAAAUAGGAGAAUGGUGUAGUGGUUAAUGAAGCUGAUGUUCAUGCAGCCAGUGUGACAUCGAAAAUGGAAUGUAUGAAUGGUAUGCUCAAUCGAUGAAAAUCAGCUGGGUUACACUACUUUAAUCUGCUUCAAUA